GGCUGUUCUCAUUUGGGCAAGACAAGUACUCCUGCUUCUGCUACUUCCUUACCCACCCCCAAGCCUGUCCCUACCCCCAGCCCCCAACCAGGUUGGUGGUAGGGCGGGCAGUGAGGCAGAUGGCUGGGGUAUUUAUAACCCCGGAGCACUUCUUGGGAAAAGUGACUAAGAUGCUAAGAGCGUAUUUAUAGCUGAGUUCUGACGUAAGUGUCAGUGGGGAGGUAGGGCCAGGCCAGGCGUAACAGCAAGAGGGUGGGAAGAGCUGGAAAUUGGGGGCACCUGACAGGGUGUGGAGAGUCAGGAUCAGUAACUCCUGCAGCCAUUUCUUGCUACUUCCCAUGACUCUGUUUCCUGGCACAAACAGGUAAGUCCCCCCAGGCACCACCAUGGACAGACAACUCCACUUUGCAAUCUCGUAUUUCAAGUCUCAGGGACUAGAGGGCUGUAACUCACCUGCAGCAACCAACAGAAAGGGAAUUAGGAGCUUGGGAAAAUACCAGCCAAAGGACUUGAAUGUUUCAGGGCCUGGAGAGAAAUGCAGUGUGCACAGGAGCAUGUAGGAAUCUUAUUGUCCCUUCUUUUGUCUCCUUUCCAUAUGGUGCCCUAAGUUCCAAAGAAGAGCCUGGCACCAGACAUCGUGCUCCAUUGCCAUGUUGUCAGUAUGAUGAGGUCUAAAAUCAGAGGUGGCAGUGAUGCAUCCCUGAGGAUAGCCUCUGCUCUCUGGCAGUGGUGAGGGGGAAUAGUAGAGGAACUAGCUCUUCCCAGACCCCUGUGGAGGAUGCAGGGUCCCAGAGGGAGAGGGUAAGGCACACUCCUAAUCUCUUGAUUCCCAACAGCAGUCCCUUUCCAGUCCCUGGGAAGCUCUGGUCAUCUAGAAGCCAGCUGCUGUCCAGUGGCACAGCACUGCCACAUAGUGGACACUGGUGGUAUUGAGGCCCAGCCCCCAAGGUGGGACCCCCUUUUGAUGGCUCUUGACAGCUCCACCAACUGAACAGCAGGAAGAAGAAUAAGUGGUAUAGGGACACAUUUCCAAAUCACACUACCUUCCCAACAGUUUUCUCCUUGCUACCUCCCCCAGCUUCUUGAAGAAACUGGGGCAGACUGAGAAAAGCUAGCCCGAGGCCCAUCCUAUUAAAGGUUCUUUCUACUCCUAUUUAAAGUCCUUGAAGACUAGGCAGGUGACAUAUACCUAUAAUCCAAGCUACUCAGUAGGCUGAAGCAGGAAGAUCACUUGAGCCCAGGAGUACAAAGCCAGCCUAGGUGACAUAGCAAAACUUUAUCUUGAAAGAAAUUUUUAAAAAAUCAGUGAAGUGUAUAGUAAGGAGGGCUGAGACUGGGAACUAAGGUUGGUGUACUCUCUUGCUUUGUUCUCAAAACCUCUUAAACCUCCCAUUUCCCAACUCCAUUUACAGAGGCCUCACACCACUUCUAGGAUGCCUCAAACCUAGGAAACUCUUAUAGCACCCUGAAAGAGAAGCAGCAGUUGGGUACAGGCCCUUCCAAGUCGCAUGCCCUUCUGCCAGCCUUGAUGGACUCUGCCCUGCUGUAAGGUUGCAUCACUGCCACCCCCACCUCUCUGGGUUUCCCCAGACAUCACAGUAGCACGUCCCCCACACCUUGUUCUGGCCCUCCUCCACAUUGUGCACCAGUCCAAUUGGACUCUGGGCGGACAGCACAGGCAGGGUCAGGGGGUGAUUUCUAUGUCCCGUGGCUCUGCCACCUUAGCAUGAACAGAAGGACUCCGUUCUCCUACCACCCCCUAACCCUUCACCCCUGUCCCAGUCCCAAGUUCUAGAAAUAGACCAUAAUCCUUCUGGACCAGAGACCCCAGAGAAAUAAACACUGGAACUAACAGCUGCCUCACAGAAAUUGCUGCGGGAGUGGUGACUGGGAAAAGUAAAGACUGAACUGGGGGGAAAUUGCCCUUCCCCACCUGGCUUAUAUGGAGUCCCUCCUCUGAGUCCCAGACCUUGGGAACUGAGUAUGUGAAAUCAUCCUCUUUCUUGCAUCAUGUGUGUCCACGUUGUCCCCCCGCCCUACCAUGCCCCUGCCUCAAGCCACCACAGCCAGAUGGUGAAACCCGAGCCCCAGGGGGGACCUUCACCCCUUGCAGGAACCUGAUGGGCAGCACAGCUGGCCAAUCCUAAGGUUCAGAGGGUAGGUCUGCUGGCUGACCACUAGGUGAGGAAGCCCCAGGCAGCUGGCUCUAAAGAGGCCCCAGGUCAGUAGCCAGACCAUGAACUGUUUGGGUCAAACAGCUACCCAUCGGACGAUCCAUUUACAGCCUUCCUGAGUCCCAGGCCACAGAAGACAAGUAGCCCUACCUUUGGUCAAGGGUAGCUGUGGCACUGGUGUUUGCCGCUGCUGAGCCCUUACUGGCCUCCAUGCAAUCAGACUCAAUAGACGAGCAACUGCCAUCCAAGGCUCCCGACCCAGGGUCAUCCACCAGGAGCGUGGGGCUCCCAGAUGUCCAGCUCUGGCUGGUGCUGCUGUGGGUACUAAUAUGGGCACAGGGCACAAGAUCUGCAUGCACCUCCUGUGAGAGCCCAACACUGGCACCCCAAGCAGAACGAGCUCUGGUCCUGGAGCUAGCCAAGCAACAAAUCCUGGAGGGGCUGCACCUGACCAGUCGUCCUAGAAUAAUUCAUGCUCCACCCCAGGCAGCGCUGACCAGAGCCCUUCGGAGACUACAGCCUGGGAUUGUGGCUCCAGGGAAUGGGGAGGAGGUCAUCAGCUUUGCUACCAUCACAGACUCCUCCACUUCAAUCUGCAGCUCCAUGCUCACCUUCCACCUGUCCACUGUUCAGUCCCACCACCUAUACCAUGCCCGUCUCUGGCUGCAUGUGCUCCGAACCUUUCCUGGCACUCUUUACCUGAGGAUCUUCCGAUGGGGCCCAAGGAGGAAGCACAGAGGAUCCCGGACCCUCCUGGCAGAGCACCAAAUCACUACCCCAGGCUGGCAUGCCCUUACUCUGCCCUCUAGUGGCUUGAGAGGUGAGGAAUCUGCUGUCUUGAAACUCCAACUGAACUGCAGAUCCCUAGAAGGCAACAAGACAAUUACUGGACCACUGAGGUGGCUACUGGACACUACCGGACACCAGCAGCCCUUCCUGGAGCUUAAGAUUCGUGUCAACGAGCCUGAAGCAGGCCGGGCCAAGAGGAGGACUCCCACCUGUGAGCCUGAGACCCCCUUAUGUUGUAGGCGAGAUCAUUAUGUAGACUUUCAGGAACUGGGAUGGCGAGACUGGAUCCUGCAGCCUGAAGGUUACCAGCUGAAUUACUGCAGUGGGCAGUGCCCACCCCACCUGGCUGGCAGCCCUGGCAUUGCUGCUUCCUUCCAUUCUGCUGUCUUCAGCCUCCUUAAAGCCAACAAUCCUUGGCCUGAGGGUACUUCCUGUUGUGUCCCUACUGCCCGAAGGCCUCUCUCUCUCCUCUACCUUGACCAUAAUGGCAAUGUGGUCAAGACAGAUGUGCCAGAUAUGGUGGUGGAGGCUUGUGGUUGUAGCUAGCAAGAGGACCUGGGGGUUCAGAUAGAAGAUAUCAAGUUGGGGGUUCCCAGGUAAAGGGCAUCUGUGUCUGGAGGCAUCAGAUUUCCUGAUCCGCACCUCCACCCAACAAGACCACCUGGCACUAUGUCAGGGUUGACCCCUAUGUGACCCAAAUGCACACUUUCUUGUCCCAGACUUUUGGCCUUUUUCAGGCUGGUUGAUAUGUGGGCAAAUGGGUAAAGUAUUUCCUCUAAGGGGACUACCCAGGCAGUAUGAUUUUCUACCCCAAGUGAGAAGAUGGCAGGGGCUAGCAGGGAAGAGAGGGAAGGAGAAGGCAGAGAAAAUUACUUAAUCUCUCCCAAGAAGAGUAAGUCCUCAAGAAAGGGAGGAAGCAGAAGUUUCAGCAAGCUUGGGACAGGGCAAAUGGGCUGGCCAAGGGUAGGGAUUGUUCAGUGCUUUAAGGGAGGGUCAAGAGGGAGAUGAACAAGGUGCCAAGGGAGGGUGUUUAGGAAAACUCCAGAAGCAGAAAUAAGGAAAAAGGGGUACUGAGCCUAAGAAAUUCUCUGAUUUUCCCUGGGGAAACACAAACAUUUAUUCUUUUUUUUUUUUUUUUUUCAUUACCAGGGAUUAAACCCAGGGCUCUUAACUACGAGCCACAUCCCCAGCCCUUUCUUAUUUUUUAAUUUUGAGACAGGGUCUUUCUAAAUUGCUUAGGCUGGUUUUGAACUUAUGAUCCUCUUGCCUCAGCCUCCCAAGCCACUGGAUUACAGGUGUGUGCCACCAUGUCCAGCUUAUACUUUCUUAAUAAAAGAGAGAAAGCAAAUCAACAAAUGUGAGUCAUGAAGAAGGGCCAAGGUGAUGGUCCAGAGUAAUAGUUUUUAAAGUGUGAUGUGGGGAUCUCAAGGAGGACCCUGAGACCCUUUCAGGGUUUCCAAAAGCCAAAACUAUUUGCAUAAUAUUAAGAUGUUAUUUGUCUUUUUUAUUCUCAUUAUCUCAAAAUCGUACAAUGGAGUUUUCCAGAGUGUUUCAAGCAAUUACAUCAUCUUUCUAACAUUAUUCUUAA